UUGCAUGCAUGUGUCAUGGUUGCAGUAUGUGGUGAUGUCAUCUAUAAAGCUGGGAUAUUUUAUACUUUUUGAACUUUCAAAAGGUAACUUAAAAAGUUUAUUAUUGAACAGAGGCAGUUUUGCUUCUUGUGGAGCACGUCUAUGUCAUUGAACGCGUCAUUCGUUGUUGUGCUUGUUAAGCGGGUGCUAUUCCAGGUCAAUACGGAUCCAGCUUAAGUUGAAGAACUGGACAAACAGGUAGAGGGACAGCUUUGCAACACGUCUCUAUUUAAAGCAAUGGAGCAGGAAGUCCACAGCAAAAGAAGCAGCAACUUUCAAACGGAGUGACUACACAGAACACGGACACUUUUUUUAUUCGUUUUACGUUAAGGAAACUAACUCUCAAAAUGCUGCGACAUCUCCCAGAAACCCCCAACCCGAAGAACUCUCUCUUCAACGCCAUGAACCGCUUCAUCGGCGCGGUGAACGACAUGGACCAGACCGUCAUGGUGCCCAGUUUGCUUCGGGACGUGCCUCUGGGUGAGGAGACCGAGCUAGCCUGUCCGAAGCAGCCGGAUGUGGACGAGGCGGACAUGUACAGCUACUACCAGCUGCUCAAGUCCAUCCGGCGAGACAUCGAAUGGGGGGUGCGGGUCUCCCCGGCUCUGGCACCGCCGAUGUUCACCCGCAUGAACUCCACCGCCUCUUUCGCCUCCUCAUUAUCCGGCUCCUCCGAGGAAGACGAAGAGGACGAGGAGGAAGACCUGGAGAAGCAGUUCCAGUACCACCUAACCGGGUUGCAGGGGGUGCUGGGUAAGCUGACCAUGCAGGCCAACACCCUCACCAGGCGCUACAAGCAGGAGAUUGGACUCUAAAACAGACAUUUUGAAAAAAGCUGCUAUUUGACGGACAUUACAGGUCUUGUAAGAUGUGUUGACAUUGAAUGCUAACUAUUUUUUGCACUCAAAAAGCAUUCAAUGUGAUACGCAGGUGAAACAUAUUUAAAAGUUUUUUAUUUAAUACAUAAUUUAUUACCUCAGGCGUUUGUUAGUGAUAUCAAACGAGAGAUGUGGAUGUUUAGGAAUAAUCCACUGAAGUGUGUGUGUGUAUGACCACGCAUCUUUCCCCACUCAUGACCAUUUAAUUGAAAAAGAUAGAAAAGAAAAGAAGGAAGGAGGCAGCUGCUUCAUGAAAUAAGCUGCCAUUGAUCUCCUCUUUGGUCAAUGAUUGGAAUGAACUUGAUUGUUCUCCUGGAGAAUGAUGACAGAUUCCACGAGAUCAUCUUUUAAUUCAUGUGCUUUCGGUGCUUUUGUUUGCACCAAUUUUUCCACUGAAUUUCAUUUGGAAAUAAAACUUUUUGUAUGAACGCAUUUCAGUUGUGUU